AUGGCAGCGUCGGGCCGGGCUCCUUGUCCGAGCGCGGCUGUCACCUCGCUGGGCUGGGCUCCAGAACCGCGGGGGCGCCCUGGGGCCGCGGGGAGGGGGGCCGCGGGCGGCAGCGUCCAGGGAGCCCCCGCCCCGCCCCAAGCACUGCGCCCGGCCCCGGAGCCGCCCUCAAACCUCCCCCCGCCGCCGCUGCCGUACUCUCCGCUGUUCCCGCGCCCCCACCCCCGGCCGCGCGGGAGGGGAAGGGGCGCUGCUUCCUCCCCGCCCCUGGCCCGGCCCGGCCCUUGCGCCUCUGCUGGGAAUGACCCUCCCUCUGCCCGCACUCCGGCUCCUUCUCUCCUUCCUGUUUGUUGGGUUUGGAGGCUCUUCGCUCUCGCAGCCGGCAGUGAAAUCAAAACCUGGACUUGGCCGCGGCGCGCGUGUCCCGGGCCGGUUCCCAUCGUCAAGAGGAGCCCAAACGGGGAGGGCGGCUCUGGCGCGGAGGAGAGCUUGGUGACGUUCUCCAGCCACGGCUCCCGUCCCGGGGACCCUGGUCCGUGGCUGGGGCGGCGGGGAGGGCGCGGGGGGAUGGGGCUGCUUCGCACGUUUCCAGGAAUUCGGGGCGCGAUUUGGCCCGUCUCAUCUGGGUCGAAGGCCCUGGGGGUCAGAGCUCAGCGUCGCGGCUGGAAGUUCCAGGCCGCAGGGACGGGGAAGCGCAGCAAAUGGGAGAGGAGUCACGACACAGGUCUGAGCCGCCGGCCGCCCUAAAAGCACCAGGCUCCAGCGCGCGCAGGCCUGACCAGGCCCGACGGCCGGCUGGAACCCGGCAGAGCAACGCUGACCCGAGGCCCCCCGCGCUCCCCGCGCGCUGACGUCCCUUCUAGCCCUUCUAAAGCAGUGCCAUCUCGCGGCGGUGUCCUGCUCCAGUUCUAUUUUUAAGUUUCGAGCUCUUUUUCUCCGCUCAGUAUUCCGGAGAAGUUCUUUUGAAUCUAAAGCAGUUGGGUCUUUAGGAGAAAGAGAAGAUUUGUACUUGCAGCUCCGGUAGAGUAUUAAAUUGCUAGCUCUUCAUACUGUAAAAUGCAUGAAAACACAGUAUGGAUUGAUUUUGUUCAUUACGUUUCCUGAAAUUUGGAGCAAGCAUUUCUGGUCAACUCCAUUUAUUAAAUCACUGUCCCUAUUCAAACAUGGCCUCCAUCUCACAUCUAUGCUUGGCUUAGGCUUCUCACUCACCAGACUUUAUGUGCAAACACCUAAUGCUCCACAAAUUGCACCGGAGUUUCUGCAGUCAAUUCCAGAGGUAAUUUCUAAUGAUGUACUAUGGAUAUUUAAUAGGUUUCCUACAAGGACAAACCCGUUGGUUUAGAAUUGCUUGGAGAGGGCACAGGGUGUUGAUGUUACACUACUAAUUUACUAUGAAGGGCAAAGCCAAGUGACACAUGUAGUGUGGGCUCAUGCAUACCCAGACUAAUUUCUUAGUUCUUAUUUAUUUAGGAGCCCAUAGAAACACUACUGAAGCCCCCUCCAAUCACUUAGAGGAUGUAAAAUAAAUAAUAGGAACUAUAUUCUCAUAAAACUUCAGUGAGAUUAGUAGAUUCAGAUAUCAGAUUAGGAUUGAGUUUGAAAGAGAUGCUAGGCCAACAUUUUUAAAA